AUGACUGGAGAGCGAGAGGCAGAUUCUCCGGUCAUUCACGUGUGUGUGUUUGUGUGUGUUUGUGCGUUUGUAGAGAAUGAGUUCCGGGGCGAGCUGGUGAGCCAGAGGUGGACCCGAGGGGAGAGACCGAGCACGCGCUGCCACACCUCCAGACUGCAGAGCCAGCCGCCAAUCAUGAUGAGUGUGGAAGGUGACGACAAGAGAACGCGCACUCGCUCCAAAGGAAUCAGAGUGCCUAUGGAGCUGGUUGGACAGGAGCUGAGCUGCCCCACCCCAGGAUGCAACGGGACUGGACACAUUAGCGGCAGAUACGCCCGGCACCGCAGUGUUCUCGGGUGCCCAAUCGCCAGAAAGCGUCGGUUGGAGGAAGCCGAAGCUGAACAAGAAACAGAAUCCGAACGCCCCGCCUCCAAAAGGAAGUCCCACCCCCUGAAGCUGGCGCUGGACGAAGGCUUUAGCGCAGACAGCGACGGCAGCAGCGAAGCAGAGGGAGAGACGGAGAAAGAGGAGAAAGAGGGGGAGGAGACAGGACAGAGAGAAGAGGAGGAGGACAAAGCAGAGGAGGUAGAGACACAGGAAGUAACAGCAAACGUCACAGAAAAUGGACAGACCAAUGGAAAAGAGGAAGAGAAACAGGAGGAAGAGGAGCAGAAAGAUAAAGAGGAGAGCGUGACGAUGGAGUGUGAGCCUGCCGCAGCGCCCCCUGCCGUCCCCUCAGAGGAACAGUGUCCUCACGCCGGAGAGGAAGUGGCCGACUCUCUGCUCCACCUGGCACAAGAGUCAAAACACGGCCCCAGCGACGCACCUGCACCGGGGGCCGUCUUAGAACCAGAAACCAUGGAGACGGAGGAGGAAGAGGAGGAGGAGGAGGUCCCAGCAGCAGCAGAAGAAGAGGAGGAGGAGGAGAAAGAAGAGGAAAAAGAAGAGGAGAAAGAUGAGGAAGAGAGAGAGGAGGAGCCAACAGAGCAGAGCCUUCAGAACGAGGAGGGAUCCCACAACGCCACCCAAAAGGACUACAUCUCCCAUACACCCGCACCACAGGAGUACAACUCCCACACACCCGCAGCACAGGACUACAGCUCCCACACACCCGCAGCACAGGACUACAACUCCAGCGCGUCAGAGAACUACACCUCCCAGAGCCCGCAGUGUCAGGGCUACGAUAAGGCGAGCCCCGCGCCAAGCUACGGCUCACAGCACGCUAGCUCCCCCCUGGAUGAGUACUACAGCGGCAAAGUGCACAAGAGCUCGUCCAGCACGUCGCUGGACAUCAUCGAGGUUGGCUCUGAUAAGUCUGAGAAUGAGGACGGUGACGAUGAGGACAGCCUGUCUCAGAGGUCCACUCUGACGGAGGACGAAGAGGAGGAGACAUUUGACAUGACCAGGGGGAAUCUGGGUCUCCUGGAGCAGGCCAUCGCUCUGAAGGCCGAGCAGGUCAAACCUCUGCUCCGAGCUCCAGAGAUCCUCCACCCACACAGACCCUACUUCACCCUGGAGGACAGACCCAAACACCUGGAGGCCCUGAGGAAGAGCUACUUCAGUAAAGAGAGCGGUUCACGCCCAGAGAAGAAAGAGGUGAAAUGCCCGACCCCCGGGUGUGAUGGCACGGGUCAUGUGACCGGUCUGUACCCACAUCACCGCAGUUUGUCAGGAUGCCCGCACAAAGACCGCAUUCCUCCUGAGAUUUUGGCGAUGCAUGAGAAUGUUCUGAAAUGCCCAACACCCGGCUGCACUGGACAGGGCCACGUGAACAGCAACAGAAACACUCACCGCAGUCUCUCUGGAUGUCCCAUCGCAGCCGCAGAGAAACUGUCCAAGUCGCAGGACAAACAGCACCUCCCUCAGGCCGAGCUCAAAGGCUCCAACGACCGAGUCCUCAGGCCAAUGUGUUUCGUGAAGCAGUUGGACACGCCCCCUUUUGGUGCUUAUCGGCAUAGCGCCCCACCCACCACGCCACGCGCCAAUCUCGCCAAGGAGCUCGAGAAGUACUCAAAGGUCUCCUUCGACUACGCCAGCUUCGACGCACAAGUGUUCGGCAAAAGAACCCUGGCUCCAAAGAUCCUCACCAGCGAAUCCUCACCCAAAGCCUUCAAGACUAAACCCUCUUUCCCUAAGUGUCCCUCGCCCAGCCUGAACCUCCACGCCUUCGCCAAGAGCUCGCCGUAUGAUUACGCCCACGACGCCGAGGCCGCACACAUGGCCGCCACCGCCAUCUUGAAUCUGUCCACGCGCUGCUGGGAGAAGCCCGAGAACCUCAGCACCAAGAACCAGAGCAAGGACAUGGACAUUGAGGUGGACGAGAACGGCACUCUGGACCUGAGCAUGAAGAAGCCAAUCAAACGCGAGAGUCCCGCCCCCUCGGCUAAUCAGGCGUCCAACAGCGGGAUGACGUCACCGCCGCUGGGCCACGCCUACAAACACGAGGAGUGGGAGGGGCCUCUGGAUUACACCAAACCUCACCGACAGCGCGACGAAGACCCGGACGAGAUGGAGCAGGCGGCUCAGUCCUACGUCUCGUCCGAUGAGGAUGACAUGAUGGAGGGUCUGGAGGACAGGAAGUACCCCGGAGAGGUCACGACCCCAAGUUUCAAACUCAAGUUCCACCCCAAAGACGCCAAGAAGGAGCUGCUCUCGUGCCCCACUCCAGGCUGUGACGGCAGUGGACACAUCACCGGAAACUACGCCUCUCACCGCAGUCUUUCUGGUUGCCCCCUCGCCGAUAAGAGUCUCCGGUCCCUCAUGGCUGCCAACACUCCUGAGCUCAAAUGCCCUACCCCCGGCUGCGAUGGCUCCGGUCACAUCACCGGAAACUACGCGUCUCACCGAAGUCUCUCUGGGUGCCCGCGUGCCAAGAAAAGUGGAAUUAAAACUCCUACCAAGGACAACCAGGAGGAUUCGGAGCUUUUAAAAUGCCCAGUGCCCGGGUGCGACAGCUUGGGGCACAUCAGUGGUAAAUACGCCACCCAUCGCAGUGCCUACGGGUGCCCGCUGGCCGCACGCAGACAGAAAGAGGGGCUUCUGAACGGGACCCCCUUUAACUGGAAGGCCUUUAAGAGCGAGGGUCCCACCUGCCCCACUCCGGGGUGCGACGGCUCGGGUCACGCCAACGGCAGCUUCCUCACCCACCGCAGUCUCUCAGGAUGCCCCAGAGCCUUGUUCGCCAAGAAGAAAGCAAAAUACUCAGCGGAGGACUACCUCAGCUCCAAGUUCAGGGCCGGAGAUGUUCUGGACAAUGAUGAGGACAUUAAACAGCUCAACAAAGAAAUCAACGACCUGAACGAAUCCAACAACGAGAUGGAGGCAGACAUGGUCAACCUGCAGACUCAGAUCACGUCGAUGGAGAAGAACCUGAAGAACAUCGAGCAUGAAAACAAAAUGAUUGAGGAGCAGAACGAGGCUCUGUUCAUGGAACUGUCGGGUCUGAGCCGCGCCCUCAUCCGCAGCCUGGCUAACAUUCGCCUGCCACAUAUGCAGGAGCCAAUCACGGAGCAGAAUUUCGACCGCUACGUGAGCACCCUGACCGACAUGUACACCAACAAGGAGUGCUUCCAGAGCCCGGAGAACAAGGCCCUACUGGAGACCAUCAACAAGGCUGUGAAGGGCAUCAAAGUGUGA